AUGUCUUUUGACGCAGCAGCCCUCGAGGCCGCUGACCUGCGCAGCAUGACCAGGUCAGACUCUGCACACGCACAUGGCAAACAUGCACGCGCUGACCAUGAANCAAGGUCACCUACCCUGCCCGAACGUGAGAGCGGCCUGCGUCGCAUCAGACAGGCCCAUCAUCGCCAACCCACCUCGCCCCAGCUCCAACAAACCUCGCGUUCACCCUCGCUCAACAUCAACAUACCCUCACAGCCCGUGUCCGCCUCCCUGCCCUCGGGCCCUUCGUCGCCUGUCCUGCCCUUUGGCGAGGACCUCAGUCGCUUCCCAUCCGAGUCCUUGCAUUCCUUCUCCUUCGCACACCAGUCCGAGACGUCGAUACACAACCGGCAGAUGAUUUUGAAGAGGUCGGUGGAUUUCAUGAAAGACAGGCCGGGGUGGGGCUCUGCGAAUCCUGCAAUCCUGAACGCACAAGCAAAAAUCGCUGGAGAUCAGGAAGCACAGAGCAUGAUGGAACUGCUCCAGCGCGCAAACCUCUUAGGCGACGGCAACACCUUGCAAGCCCCGGGCUUGGGUAUUAUGGGUGCUCCGCUCAGCGGUCCAGCCGACCCUUCGGCAGAGAACCUCUUCGAGAAGAGCUUUGCGCCGCUUAGCGAGAGCCCCAAGAACUUUGAUGAUGACUUGCUCAUGUCGCCCACCUCUCCCAAAUCCAUCAAGUCAUCCGAAGAGAAAGAACUACUGCAGCUCGAACCCAAGCGCAUCUCGCUCAAGCGCACCUACACUGACACAAGCGGCCUGAGCCUGCAGCAUCGUCUUGCAGACGCGCUGGCCACACCCUACCACGCCGCUGAUGUGCCGCGCCGUGCAGAGGCUCUCACUCCUAGCCACAUCCCUUCAGCGUUGCAGACGUCAAAGUCGACCACCUCACUUGCUGGAUCCGCCUCUCACGGUCAUGGUCAUGGCCAUGGCAGGCAAUCUGCCGCUGCCCAGGCCAUUUUCACCACUGAUGCACGCGCUCCUUGGACCAUCACCGCUGCAAAUGAUCUGGCCUGUCUUGUAUUCGGUGUCACCCGUGCCGAAGUGCGCAAGAUGGGCAUCAUGGAAGUCAUUCGCCCCGAGCGCCGCAAAUGGCUCGAGAACAAAUUAAGACAACCCGACUCGGAUCUGUACACCCAGAACAAGUCUCCUAAUCAUAGCCCAUCAUCUUCAGCUUUGGCAAAAGGCAGUGGCGUAACGGCCAAGCUCUUGAGCAAACCUCCUGCCCGCCAGACUUACCAAAGCAGACGCUCAAAGACCGUAAACGGCAUCGAUUCGGAAUCAACCACGCGCCGUGCCGUCUCCAACCCUUCGCAAAAAUCACGCGGUGUGCUACUGUGUGGUGAUGUCGUCCCUAUCCAGAAGCGCAAUGGUGAUAUCGGAUCUGCCAGUUUGUGGGUCAAGGAGAAACAGGGCGGCUUGAUUUGGGUGCUCGAAGAGAUUGCCGAGGAUGUUGCUUACAUCACAGUCGACGAAAUUGGCUGCAUCGAAAAAGGUGUUGGUGCAUUAGAUUCCAUCUGGGGUAUCGAGAGAGUGCGUAGGGGCACAGAUAUCAGGAAACUGGUUCCCGAAUUACCAAAGCUGGCCGGUACGAAUACUGGCAUGCUAGAUUUCGAUCAGAUCGCUUCGCUACGCCGUUACACUGCUCGGACAGCAAACAGCAUCAGCGUCCCCAUCACAGUCGAUCAACUCUCUGGUCAACCGACCUUGCGCAUUUCCAGCUUUCCUCAUAUUGCUGGUAUCCUUGUCCUGAAUCCGGACACACUCGAGAUCGCCAGCUCCAACAAUGUCUUUUCCGCUUCUCUCUUCGGCCAUGAUGCCNCUGACGGCCUUCCGAUUACUGACCUGAUACCUUAUUUCGACAGCAUACUGCAUUUGUUGACCGACGAAGACAAGAUUCGCUUGGUUGACGGUCUUGUCAUUCCAGAGCACAGUUUCAGAAAAGCCCGCGCUCUGCUUGCCCUUCGUGAAGGCCGUGCAGAUGCCGCGUCCAUAUUCCUCAAGCCCAGUGGCUUACCCGCGAAACACAGAGACGGCUCAGACAUCAUGAUUGAUGUCCAGAUGCGUGUCGUCAAGAGCGAUCGUCAUAGUUUCGACAGCAUUCCGGAGCACCAUCGUUUAGACCCGGACUUGUUGCCUGCGUCCGAGGUUGUUUACGCUUUAUGGAUCACAUACUCGAGACAACUUCAUGCAGUCAACCACGGUGUUGGUCCUGUUAUUCCGGUGGUAUCCAGACCAGUCACUCCUCCACAACAGCCGGUACCUGUAUCCUCGAGUUCGAGUGGGGAUCAGGACAGCGAAGACUCCAGCAGCGACAAAAGCAGUGUGACCAAGACAAAGGUCGAUACUCCUUCACUCAUAACACAGCAGCUACAACAUUCACCAACCCAAUCACAUUCCUCAGGAACGCAAUUGCUCACGAGCGAACCCUUCGAACAUCCAUCACCUGCUGCUGUUGAGGCCGGUGCAACUACCAUAAAGAAGAAGAGCAUCGCUGAUUUCCUCAUCCUUGAGGAAAUGGGCCAAGGAGCAUACGGCCAGGUCAAGCUUGCGAGAUAUAAGAAAGCAAAUGCGCAGAAGAUGUGCAUCAAAUACGUUACCAAACGGCGCAUUCUGGUAGACACGUGGACCAGAGACCGACGUCUCGGUACGGUACCAUUGGAGAUUCACGUUCUGGACUAUCUACGACGAGACGAUUUGCAGCACCCGAACAUUGUUGAGAUGGCCGACUUCUUCGAGGACGACAUUAACUACUACAUCGAGAUGAUUCCGCAUGGUCUGCCGGGUAUGGACUUGUUUGACUACAUCGAACUUCGUGUGAACAUGGAGGAAAAGGAGUGCCGAAAGAUCUUCGUCCAGGUCGCCAAUGCUUUGCACCACUUGCACAUCAAAGCCAAGGUCGUGCAUCGAGACAUCAAGGACGAAAACGUCAUUCUCGAUGGAGAUGGUGCGGUCAAGCUUGUCGACUUCGGCAGUGCAGCGUACAUCAAAUCAGGUCCCUUUGAUGUGUUUGUCGGCACUAUCGACUACGCAGCACCCGAAGUUCUGCGUGGCAGUCCUUACCGAGGCAAAGAGCAAGAUGUAUGGGCACUCGGUAUCCUGUUAUACACAAUCGUGUACAAGGAGAAUCCCUUCUAUAGCAUCGACGAGAUCAUGGACCACGACCUACGAGUGCCGUACAUCAUGAGCGAAGACUGCAUCGACCUCAUCCGCAAGAUGCUGGACCGCGACGUCGAGAGACGUAUCGGCAUCCAAGCUGUUCUCGACCACCCAUGGUGCACAUACGUCGACCCCGAAGAUGACUAA